AUCGCCAGUGUCUCUUUGGAGGUCUGGGAGGAAGGACGUGUAUCGCCGUGGUCCUGCCCCCCAUGAUGUGUGGUUGCGGCGGUGUGGUUGGUGUGGCCGCGACCAGCUCCUCCCCGCCGCCAUGAGCCACACCAGGAACAUCAGUGAGCUCCUUCCGGACGAGCCCAUCAAGGACCCGUUCGAGAAGGAGAUCCAUUUCAACAACACUGUCAGGGAAUACAUCGUGUUCUUGGUGGUGUUGCUGCUGCUGUCUGUGGCCUCGCAUGUGGUGGUGCUGCGGUACAGGCGGAGGGAGGCCCCCAACCUGCCGCCCCCCCGACAUGGCGACGACGACGAGGCUAUGGUGGACAGGAUAGCGCUGUGGCUCUGUACGUUCAGCCUGUCCGUGUCCCUGGGCGCUGUGCUGCUCCUGCCCGUCAGCAUCCUCAGUAACGAAGUGCUAACACUCUACCGCGACUCCCUCUACGUCCAGUGGCUCAACCUGUCGCUGGUGCAAGGGCUCUGGAAUAUAAUCUUUCUGCUGUCCAACCUGUCGCUGUUCGUCGGCCUGCCCUUCGCCUACCUCUUCACCGAGUCGGAGGGCUUCCCGGGAUCCCGCAAGGGUCUGAGGGCGCGGGUGGUGGAGACGGUGGUGGUGCUGGUGCUGCUGGUGGUGCUGGUGCUGGGCGUGGCUAUGAUCAUCUCCCUGCUGCUCGGCUACUACCAGGAGGAGGGGCUGGCGCACAUGAUUGAUGUGUGGGGCAGCUUCUACCUCCCGUUCCUGUACUCGCUCAUCUCCUGCCUGGGUGUGCUGAUGCUGCUGUUAUGCACACCCGUCGGCCUGGCGCACCUGUUCACCGCGAUGGGGCGCCUGGUGGUCAAGCCAGGGUUCCUGCGUGACCUUGCGGAGGAGUACCAGGCGGCGGUUCUGCUGGAGGACUCGCUUGCCCGCCGCCUCGCCCCGCCCGCCGUCCCCCAUGCUCAGCCCCUCACGCGCUCCCUCGCCGCAGCGCCGUCUCCCGAGGACCUUCUGCUGCAGUACCGUGACGCCCGCACCAGACGGAUAAGGCUGGAGCGCCGUCGCCGUGCAGGAGUGUUCCAGCGCACCCUGGCGUACCCGCUGGCCCUGCUGGUGCUGCUGGCGCUGACGGGCACGGCGGUGCUCAUUGUGGUCCUCAACACUCUUCAGCUCCUGGUGGGCAUCAAGGCGCUGCCCCUCUCCUCCACCCCGGCCAUCCUUGGGGAGGCUCAGCAGGGCAAGAGAAUAGUGCUGUUGUCGGUGCUGGGUCCUGUGGGCGCCGUGCUGGAGGUGGUGCUUAUCCUGUACCUCAUCGCUGCCUCCCUCCUCGGCUGUUACUCCCUCCCGGUGGUGGCGCGCAUCAGGCCUCGCCGCGGUGACACGCCCAUGGUGCACGUCAUUGGCAACUGUGCCAUUGUCCUUAUACUCUCCAGCGCCCUUCCCCUGCUGGCGCGAACCCUGGGCAUCACCAACUUCGACCUGCUGGGGGACUUUGGGAAGAUCAGUUGGCUGGGCAGCUUCUGGAUCGUGCUCGGCUAUAACGCUCUCUUCGCCUCCGCCGCCGCCUGGUGCCUUGUCAAGAAGUUCACUGCCACCAUCAGGCACGAGAUAUACAUGAGGUUCAAGUUUUUGGCGAUGUCUGUGGUGAAGCGCGAGACCUUCAGGCUCCCGGCGCAGGUCAUGAACGGCACCAUCAUGAACACAAGCAACAUCAAGGAGGAGUAGCAUGAUGAGAGGGGCGGAAGACACUAAUAGCAGAGGUCCCACGCACCUCCACUGGGUUAAAGAACACUGAUGGCACGUACAGGACAGACAAGUGCCAGUCUUCCUCAGAGAUGUGAAUUGAAGCCUGGCAGGUGUCUUCUGUUUGGGUGCCAGUAAUGCUGAGAAGGGGGACGAGUUCAGCCAAGCCUUCAUGCAAGUCACUCCUGAUAUUUAUUUAUUGUGAUAGGUUCAUUCCUCCCACUUGCUCCUCCACCCACUCAUGCUGGGUGGAGUGAUGCCUCUCUACUGUGUGGCUGUGGCUGAACACUUCCUUCUUAAUGCAUCCUGGACCACGCCAAUCAAGGACAUGUUCGUUAGUGGAGUGAAGGAAGAUGGAAAAUUUAUGUAUGCUGCUCAUUCUCGGGCUGAAUGGAAAUUGUUGUCGCUUUUAUGUGGCUCAGGCUGAAAGCUUCCUUAUUAACAGUUCCUGGACCACGUAACCAAGGACACCAUCACUGAAGCAAAGGAAGACAUGUCAAGUUCAUUAUGCAAGCAAGAGUAUUCAUCCCUUCACUCCCACCAAGAAUUAUCGCCACAAGAUACGGUGAAACUCAGAACCUUGACAUCUCUCACUAUUACCACCUUUCAUUUACAGUACAGUUGAUGUGCUUCUUCUCUUCCUGUCUUUGUGUUGCGGCCUUGGCUCUCUGGUGUUGCAGGCUACGGACGAUGUGUGACUCCCCACUGUGGAGCUUGAGUGGUGCAAGUCCUGUUACCUUCAUGGACAUUGCAGAGGCGUGCGGUGGCAGGGCUGCAGAGGAACCAGAGUAUUCUUGUCUUGUGUGCUUCUAUAGUUACCAUCCAUGUCAAAAACACACACACACACACACACACACACACACACACACACACACACACACACACACACACACACCAAGGCAGCUGUUUGUUUUUAAGGGAAGAUAGUAAAACAAAUAUUGGGGGUUAUUUUCCAAAGAAAUGGCAAAGUUUUAUUAGGAAAAGAUUAAUUCAAAGUUUUUGUCUUAUAAUCAGGUUUUUAAUUCAGUAUUUUUGGGGAUUUAUAUAAGAAUGUUGGAUAAGAGGGACUGUGUGUGUGUUCUAGAUGCUGUUUAAUUUAUUGUUAGGUGCUAAAGAAAAGAAGAGAUGUACAUGAAACACAGGGAUAGAAUGAGACAAAACACACACACCGCACAACACAACACACACCUAUCUAUCUAUCAGCCAAAGACUCCCCAGGAACCUUUUGUGAAUGUUUCCCUGCGUAGGAUCUCCCGUGCAAGACCCACUCCCUAGCCUCCCUUGUGUAUCUUUGCUCAAAUGUCGUACAAGGUCUGUGUAUGCUUCUCUGACUGUCCGUUACCAGGCACCCCGACAACUGACAUGAGGAUUAGUGUGGAUGAGGCAACAUGUUAUGGUGUGUUUUGGUGUCACUGGUGUGUAUGGAAGUCUUUGCCCAUAUGUGUAAGGGCUACUCCAGAGUGCAUGUGUGUAGAUAGUGUAAAUAAGAGUAACUUGUAUAAACUCAUAAGGUGUAAUUUACAGUGUGUGUGUGGUCAUGUGAUUGUGUGUGUCGGUGGGAGCUGAUGCGUGAGACAUGGAUCAGCAAGAGUGUUAGAUGCCAGAUAGGGUUUGUCUGUCUAUUCAUAACCACCAUUCCAUUGAGUGCUAAUAUUCAGGAAAAAGAGCUUCUACGGAAAAUUAAGCCAAGGUAUAAAAGUGAACUCUUAAAAGUAAAGAUUGUUAAACAUUAUUUUGACACUCCUUUUUAUAGCUGUGGUAUAUUUUGCAGUCAUUGUUUUCCUGAUCCAAGUCUUUUCUUAUUGGAUUGGUGUGUGCAUGACAAACAUAUCCUGUUGGUGUAUUGCACAGCUCUCCUUCCCGGGACUGGUGGAGCCAAUAACCUGAUCAGUCUGUGACUCUGUGUAGAACUAUCCUUGCAUCAGGCAGGUGUUUGGGAACAGUCUGACUGGACCCUUCCGUCUCCUACUUCACGCCACUGUCCACGAGUUGAAUAAGCUCCAGUAAGGUACCGAUGCCUCUGGUGGUUGUGUGCAGCCCUUCACUGAUGGAUGUACACAUUUAUUGUGGUGAGGAACUGCAUUAGUUUUGCCAUGAUGUGGCUUGGUUGCGUCCAUGCGACGUGAUCGGGCCAGACAGUAGCAGCAUGUGUCAUCUGCUUCUGCACUAUGAUAAGGACACUACAAUAGUUUUAUACUUAUAUUUAUGAUUUUUCGUGUUUGUGGAGAAAUGUUCAGUUCUCACUACCAAAGUGUUAUAAUGCAUUAGAAUAAGUUAGCAAUGGUGGCAGCAGCAGCAGCAUAUGUGCUGUUCUGCUGCUGUGGAACAUUGCUCUGGGAUGCUGGGCAGCACUGGCAUGCCUGAGUUUAAAUCAAAUUGUGAUACUGUGACUUGGAGGGACCACAUGGAAUGGGGUCACCUUCCCAGAAUUUCCAUACCUCUGUUAUUUAAGAUUUUGAUACAUUGUUCAGUGUUUAUUUUUAGUAUGUACUUAACAUGUCUAUGAUAAUUUCUGUAGAACUAUGUCAGACAGUAAUUCCUAUUUUUGGUCAACAAGUCCAGCGGAGCCAGUCUGUCGUGCCCGGCCAGGCUGGCGUCAGUAAGGGAAACACAGGGCCACUUGGCUUUGCUCAUGUGUUUAUUGUGCUCUGCCUCAGGUUCAUCCUCACCAUGCCAAAGUUCUCAAGUGUGUGUCAGGCUGAUUGAUACUUGUACACUGACUGACAACAGCUGGCUGGGCCACUACAGCUUUAAAUAAUGUACAUAGAUACUGCAGGCCGGUGUGGCGUGUUCCCUAAGUAUCUCCACUCUUGUGGACAGCUGUGGGCUAACACUUAGGACAUGAAUAAGUAUAGACCUUGGUUAGAAAAAAGUGUGCCCUGAGAGGUGCAUCAUUAAGUACAUUGUAAGAUUAUAUGUAUUGUACCUAUGAUACACCCUCUGUACAGGAGCAUGCAUGUCUGGGCUCAGAAAUGAUCUGUCAGGUGAUGUUUAGAGGCUCUUGGCAGCAAUUUCGGAUGGAUAAGGCGAGUUUGCACUAUCCUUGACAGACCACACACCUAGGAAAGUGUUGAUUGCUUUAAAACAUGUAAGAUCUUAAGAGAUGACUUGUCAGACGUGUCCUUGAAAGUGACCUGACAUUCUGACCCAGCCAUACAUGCUAGUUGGCUGUCAGCAGUAGUGUACAAUUUAAUCUCUCAACAUGUAUGUGCACAUACAGCUGCAGAUGUUAGUAAGAUAAAGAGUUGGCACGUGUAGUAUGCACACUAUAGACUCACGCUGUACAGGUCAUAUAUAUCAAGUUUGUAAUUAAGUUUAGGCGCUCAAGACAAACUCCUUCGACCUGGGGUUACAUUUAUCAAUGCUGUGCUGGAUCCAGGAGAGACAAGCUUCUCUGUUCAUACAUCAAUCCAUGUAUCUUUCUUGGAGAGAGAGACUUCUCACCUCCACACGACAUCGUGAUUACAGCCAUACAACACAUCUCGCCCAUUCCCCAAUGGCUUCAGCAUAAAUUCACAAUAAUUUUGUGAAUAACAGAUAACAGCAACAACCCUGGUGGUGUGUGAUCCUCAGCUAAUUGUGAACAACUUAUUAUUUAUGCUGAAGCCAUGGAGUAAAAGGGAAGGAGAGUGGUAUGUGGCUGUAAUCAGGCAGGCAGUGAGGAGAGGAAUGUUUUCCCCCUUCUCUCUAACAAUAGAUGACAGAAAACAGCUGUGUUGCUUGUCUUGAAAGCCUGAUGUGGGUCACUGUGUUGAUUUGAGGCAUUACAGAUGUGAGCCAUGAAAUUGGACAUUACUGGAAGAUUUAUUUGACUCAUCAUGGGUUUCAGACUUUUAAAUUAAUUUUCAGGAAUAACUUUUUGACAGUGUUGGAUAAGCAUGAUAAUUUGACAGCAUGUUUUAGACCUUGCCCCAUUUAUGUCAGUAUGAUUUUUAACAAGAUGUAGAUAAAUAAAUAAGGCACUUACAAGAGGCAUGUAAGGCUAAAACCCAGCUGAUGAAGUCCUUCAUUUUGCAAGGCUAGCAAACUUUUCUGUGGAGACAGCGUUGUGCAUUUGUGCAGUGGCCAACAACAUGUCCGGCGUAUAAUUCAUUCAGUUGUGGCAGCACCGAGCCCAGCACUCUGCCUGCCAAGAUACUCAACACCUCCGCUGUUGAGUUCACAGCUGGAUAGCUCAGGCAUCUGCUGGGUUUUAGUUAUGUACCUUUACAUACAGGUGCCUAAAGUAUCCACAUCUUUUUAACAAAUCAUAUUGACAAAAACAGAACAAAAUAUGAAACAUACUCUGCCAAGUUAUUCUGAUGCAAAACUUUAACAAAGUUAUUCCCAAAACACUAUACAACACAGCCUCUGAAACCUAUAUAGUAAGGGGUGGGCAGGGUAACUGGGGUUUGUAAAUAUAAUGUAAAACCUGUAAGCAGUAGUGAGAGAAAUGGGAAGGGAUUCACCUAUUUUGAAGUCAGUAUGCAGUGACCUGUACAAACUAGUGAUUCUACAUUGUGCAACUGCAUGAAGCAAACACUACCGGUGCACAUGUGAAAUGUUGAUGCAUGCAUAUCAGUAGAAUCUAACAUGUCACACACUGGCCUAUGGCUGCUGUGGAGGAGGAACAAACAUGACUGGAGGGUGGAAAGGCUGCAGCAAGGGGAAGGCACCCACCACGGGGUACCUUCCUGUUGCUAGAUGUAGAGCAGCAUCCUGUUGUCGUCAGUAAUUAUCUCGUGCAGUCUUCAGGGGUCUGGCUGGCUCCCAUGCACAGUCACAACUACCACUGCUGUAAAGGUAACAUAAUAAACUGUCUUUCUCUG